GUGGAGAUUCCUCAGCUUACUAAGCUGGGGCUUUCAAAUUUCAGUUUUUUGCACCUAUAUAUGAUUCCUUAUAAAAAACUGAACCACUGCCCCAAUUCUUGGCGGCGUGGUCAGGUUUACACCUAAGCGAUAGCAUUUUCGUUAAAGCUAACGACACGGGGACUAGUGCUCACGGAGUGAGAUGGUCAUGUGGACGUGUCGGAGUGACUACGAGUGGGGCUACUCCGUGGCCCGCGCUAUUCGCCCCGCCUGCUUUGCGUUUGGCAGUACCAGGGACUGGGCUUCUGGAAGGUCUCUUUUUCUCUUGGCAUUACCGGGGACCGUGCACUUUCUUCUGGGGAGGAAGUAUAAGGGCUGGGGUGGACUGCCCGUUUUCGCGUGGUCGCGUUCUCACCCUCUUCCUCUUUUCCUGCUCCUGUGGACAGAGUCGUUGGCUUGCUGCAGGAUGGCGGACACUCGGUUUCGCCGGAGGCGUGUACCGUAUGCUCGGUCGUCUCGUGCUGGGCGAUCCGUUAAGAAGCAGCCGGGUCAGCUGGCGCGUCGCGUGGGCGAGGGCAAGUCGAAUAUCAUUAUCAUGUAUUCGUAUCCGGAGGUUAUGCCUGUGUGGCUCGCAGGGGAUCUGCCGGACAAUCCCAAGUCGGACACGAACGCGAGUGCGUUUUGUCAUUUCUUUGUUCCGGUGACGCAAGCUAUCCCCCCUGCUGGACGGCCGGGUAAGGGUCCUCGCGACUCGCGUAGGAAGGGACGCAAGGUGCAUGUGAAGGGGUUGGCGGUGACGUUCUCGGUCCAGACCUGGGUGGAUCUGGCUGUUUCGGCUGUCUUUUACCCUGUGCGCGCUGGGAAGGGCUUCGUCCAGGAGGUCGAGGGAAAUCUGCGCCCGGAUGGCAGCGUUGGAGACCCGAAAGCGUGGUGUCUCAGCAAGGACAAUUAUGGCGACUAUGCGCGGUUGCGCACGCUCGAGGAGACCGGCUUGUUGGAUGCCAACGGUCCUUUCUGCGUCGCUUCGGACCCGUCGGGUCUUCCCGUGUUGCAGUCGACCACGGGCACGAUGAAGAACGCGCAGCUUCGUUCGGGGCUCGGCGAGGCCAUGGGCAAGGUGGAGUGGCGUGUUGGUGCCGACAGCAAGGUGGUUGGCAGGACGUUGAGUGCCGAUGUCGCCGGACCGAACGGGAUUCAUCUUCCCGCGGGAGGCGGUGAUGGAUUUGCCCAGGUGCAGCAGGGUAGCGUGGUCGACUUCAGGGUGUAUGUCGACAUCAACAAGGACGCGGAGUACUCGACGGAGACGGGGAAUGAGCUUGCCUUUCAGCCUGAUUGGCAGAUGUGCUUCAUGGUGAAGUGUCGUGGGGCGCUUCCCGGGCCGAGUGGCAACGGUGGUGUUGUGGGCGCGGUUGUCAAGCGCGUGGUUUCGACGGUGUAUUACAACUAGGUAGUUUCCUUUCCGUGGUGUUCAUAGAAUGCGUAGAUAGGCGGAGUUAUGGCGAAUGAAUGGCUUUCUACAGACUUUGUUGACUUCUCUUUCCUCUUCUCCUCUUGUCGGCACUUGGAGGCACUUCCGUUCUGCGGCCGC